ACAUAAAUCCCCAAUCCCGUUGAAAACGAAAGUGGUAUAUCUAUGCCUUGAAGACCUGCUGAUAUCAUCCUAUUCUCCUGACUCCUGAGAAACAAAACAUGAGAUCCAAACCCCAAUUCACAUGCACCUUCAAGGUAGCCCUUCUCAGCCUCGCCUUCCUCUCCCUCUUCAUCCUCCUUUUCCGCUCCUCCAUCUUCUCACUCUCCCCACAGCUCACAACAACCGUUUCAGUUUCAGAUCACCCCACAGCAGAAAAAGAACCUUCAUCGAUACCAUGCCCUAACUCAUGCACCAAGGCCCCCCCAUCUCUCACCAACGCCAUAAUCCACUACGCCACCACCAACAUCACCCCACAACAGACCCUAAACGAGAUCUCAGUCUCCGCUAGGGUCCUCCAAAAGAAGUCACCCUGCAACUUCCUCGUCUUCGGCCUCGGCCACGACAGCCUCAUGUGGACCUCUCUCAACUACGGAGGCCGCACCGUCUUCCUCGAGGAGGACAACUCCUGGAUCAACCAAAUCCAAUCCAAGAUCCCCUCCUUGGAGUCCCACCAUGUUGUCUAUGACACCAAGGUGCACCAAGCGGAUGAACUGAUGAGAAUUGGAAUGGAGGAGGAUUGCAGAAAGGUGAGUGACCCAAGAUUGUCCAAGUGCGAGUUGGCGCACAAGGGGUUCCCGAGUGAGGUUUACGACGUUGAGUGGGAUGUGAUAAUGGUGGAUGCACCCACUGGAUACUUUGAAGGGGCACCGGGGAGAAUGAGUGCGAUAUACACUGCGGGGUUGAUUGCGAGGAACAAGGAGCAUGGUGAAACUGAUGUGUUUGUGCAUGAUGUGGAUAGGGUGGUGGAGGACACCUUCUCCAAGGCCUUUCUCUGUGAAGGCUAUUUGAGGGAACAAGAAGGGAGGAUCAGGCACUUCAAUAUUCCCAGCCAUAGGGCGCGUUUGGGGAGACCCUUUUGCCCUUCCUGAAUCAUCGCUUAGCUCACAAUCCUUCGAUCUCAACCAAAAAACCAUAUUUUAAUUCUCAUUUUAUUAUAUAUCAAACAAACAAGAGUCACCCAUAGUGAUCAUGUGUCUACUCCUAUUUUUUGCGUUAUUAACUCUGUAAAUUUGGGGUGUUAUUUGUUGGUAUGCCAAAGAGGAGAGAUGUAGACAAUAUCAACUAUCUAAUAAUUUUUUGGUCAAAGUGCUUUUUUAUUA